CCAGUGGUAGUAGAUAGAGACAGACAAACCCAUUCUUUUCCUCUCUCUGCUUCUGCGUAUUCUACUAGGCAGGCACCCUGGUAAACCAAAGGUUGAUCCUUUUCUUUCUCACCUAUAUACCCAAUGUUAUUUUUGCUCAAUUGGGUAGCCUAGUUUCGUGUUGAAUUAUUCAAAUUUGAUAGCUUUUUAUUGAUUUGUUUUUUGAUUUUAGUAUUUUUCUUUUGCCUUUUUCUUUUGUCCUGUUUCUGUAGACCUUUUCUUGGUUUUGCGGUCUUAUAUGUUCAGUGACUUUAGUUUGUGAUCCACAGAUUCAAAGGUGUGUUCUUUGUUGUACAAAUUGCUGAUUCAGUCGCUGAUCAAGCAAGGUUUUGACCCUCUCUGGGUUCUCUUUAUUUGGUUGUCUUGUCUCAAGUUUCAUCAUUUUUGUGUAGUUGCAGUCUUGAUUUAUUUUUUCUGUUUCUUGUAUCGAAGGGAAUUCAUCUGUCAUAGAUGCUAUAUCAGAAAGUUGGUAAUUGUGAUUUCUGUUUGUUGAUUUGGUGGUAGCAAUUAUACAUCUCUUUUUAGGUGUAUAAAUCCAUGCUUUUUAUUUUACAUCUAUAAAGUCAAUCUAGAGGGAUUUGACUUCUCAAAUUUGGAGAUUGGAGAUUGGAUCUUAUGUAUUUUGUUAAGACAUUCAGUAGAGUUAGAUAUUGCUGCUGAGGAAGUGUCAAGGAAGGAAUUAAGUGUUGGUCUAAAUGGGGAAUACUUGUGUUGGACCGAGCAUUUCCAAGAAUGGAUUCUUCCAAUCGGUUUCGGCUGUAAUGUGGCCAAACCGGUUGCCAGAUGACUCAGUUCACACAAACGGAGAAACUAUCAAUGAGACAUCAACACCUAAGGAACCUGAGUCACCUAUGCCGGUACAAGACAAACCACCAGAACAAGUGACAAUACCAAAACCAGAAACCGAGCCAAAGCAAUCCGCAAAACCCAAAAGGCCACCACAGAUGAAGAGGGUAUCUAGUGCAGGACUUCGGACCGGUUCAGUGUUACAAACGAGAACUGGAAAGUUAAAGGAGUUUUACAGUUUGGGGAGGAAACUGGGACAGGGGCAGUUUGGAAUAACGUUUUUGUGUGUGGAGAAGGCGACAGGGAAAGAGUUUGCAUGCAAAUCGAUUGCAAAAAGGAAGUUAGUAACUGAUGAUGAUGUGGAGGAUGUGAGGAGGGAAAUUCAGAUAAUGCACCAUUUGGCAGGGCACCCAAAUGUUAUAUCUAUUAAGGGUGCGUAUGAGGAUGCUGUAGCAGUUCAUGUAGUUAUGGAAUUAUGUGCAGGAGGUGAGCUCUUUGAUAGGAUUAUCCAGCGUGGGCAUUAUACAGAGAGAAAAGCAGCUGAGCUAAGUAGAACUAUAGUUGGAGUUGUGGAAGCUUGCCAUUCAUUGGGGGUUAUGCAUCGAGACCUUAAGCCAGAGAAUUUUCUUUUUGUCAGUCAGGAUGAGGAUGCACUUCUCAAAACUAUUGAUUUUGGAUUAUCUAUUUUCUUCAAGCCAGGAGAAAAAUUUAGUGAUGUGGUUGGAAGCCCAUAUUAUGUUGCACCUGAAGUUUUACGAAAGAGUGAUGUGGUUGGAAGCCCAUAUUAUGUUGCACCUGAAGUUUUACGAAAGCGUUAUGGUCCAGAAGCAGAUGUCUGGAGUGCUGGAGUGAUCCUUUACAUUCUGUUAAGUGGUGUACCUCCAUUUUGGGCUGAAAACGAGCAAGGAAUAUUUGAACAGGUCCUGCAUGGUGACCUCGAUUUUGCAUCAGAUCCUUGGCCUAGUAUUUCUGAUGGUGCCAAAGAUUUAGUGAGAAGGAUGCUUGUUCGAGACCCUAAAAGGCGAUUGACUGCACAUGAAGUUUUGUGCCAUCCCUGGGUGCAAGUUGAUGGUGUGGCUCCUGACAAGGCUCUUGAUUCUGCAGUUCUAAGUCGCUUAAAGCAAUUUUCAGCAAUGAACAAGCUCAAGAAAAUGGCUCUCAGAGUCAUUGCAGAGAGCUUAUCUGAAGAAGAAAUAGCUGGCCUCAAAGAAAUGUUCAAGAUAAUAGACGCUGACAACAGUGGUCAAAUCACUUUUGAGGAACUUAAGGCUGGAUUGAAAAGAUUUGGAGCUAAUCUCAAGGAGUCUGAAAUUUAUGAUCUAAUGCAAGCAGCAGAUGUAGAUAACAGUGGAACCAUUGAUUAUGGAGAAUUCGUAGCUGCAACAUUGCACCUAAACAAAAUUGAGAGAGAAGAUCAUCUAUUUGCAGCUUUCUCCUACUUUGAUAAGGAUGGAAGUGGCUAUAUUACUCCAGAUGAGCUUCAACUAGCUUGUGAGGAGUUUGGCAUAGAGGAUGUUCGCCUUGAAGAAAUGAUACGAGAAGUUGAUCAGGACAAUGAUGGGCGCAUAGAUUACAACGAGUUUGUGGCCAUGAUGCAAAAAGGAAAUUUUGUUGGCCCAGGUAAGAAGGGCUUGCAAAGUAGCUUCAGCAUUGCCUUUAGAUAAGCUGUUACAAUUUAGUUUCAUAGAUAGCAAAAGGGUUUCCUGCUUCAUUCUUAAACUGUUUUGAGGUAUUAAGAGUGUGUAGAAAGGUGCUUAACUGCUCAUCCAAGUUGCAGCCAGACAUUUCCGGUCAUCCUUGCUGAAUUUGUUGAGACUUCCACCCUGAAGGGAUUUUGCAGUUUUAAGCCGAGCCCUUUCUAUUUUGUAUGCAGUGGGGAGAGAUUUUUUUAUUGCCA